AUGGGCACCCGGGACGACCCCAGGCCAGCCAAGGUCCUGACUCCAGUGGCCGUGUACUGCGGAAGUGUCCCUCGGACCAGUGCCAGUCUCAGAGUGCCCCCGCCUGGAAGCAUCAACUCUGCUCUGCCAGCUUAUGGCGAAGCCCCUGUACAGCCUGCACCGAGUGUCUUGCUAAGCGACGAGAGGCCAUCAAAGCUGGCGAAUGGUGGUGGGAACCCAGGAAGCCUCAAACCGGAUGCUCCGUUGAAGAGCUGGCAAGCUAGGAAUGGCUCCCUGGGGCACUUCGGCGCUCUGGCCUUGGGGCCCCGCCACCCAUUGCUGGAGUCAGAGGCCAGCAGUGCAGCUCGGGACACUAUCCAGAUCAAAGACAAGCUCAAGAAGAGGCGGCUGUCAGAGGGCAUGGCAGCAUCCUCACAAGCCUCUCUGGAUCCUGGGGGAGGCCCCAAAGGAGCUCCUCUGAGGAGCACCAUCCCCCGCACCAGUUCUCAGAGGCUGCUGAGGGUGCCCAGGCCCAUGCCGCCCAUCCAGAGCAUCCCCACCACUCCUGAGACCAGAGGAACCAACGAGACGAUCCUGGACCCACCUGGGAGCAUGCAGGGUCCCCGAGACUCAGGAGCCCAUGCUAGGGAGGUGCAGAUUUCCCGGCAAUACCUGCACUGCAGUGACGAGAAAGUGCACAAGUCCCUGGGAGGCAUUGUGAUCCCGCCCAUCCCACAGGCCCGGAUGCCUUCGGUCACCUCCUCCCACCGGCCUGGCCCCGUGGCUCUAGGCCAGGAUGUCCUUACAGGACCAAGGGCAUCAAACAUACGAUUGGCUCAGGAGAGUGGGCCUCAGGAGAAGACCCUUAAAUCUCUAGAGCCAAAGCCCUUGGCCCCAGCCGUCAGAGCCAAGUCUGCCGCAGCCCCUGACCAGUCCCUGGCUUCAUCACCGCCAGUCCGCGUGCUGACAGCUUUGUCUUUCGGCCACACCAAAGGAGCCCACCCCUUGAUGAAAGCAGAGGACCAGAAGGAGACCAGCACCAAGGUCCAAGUCACCAUUUCCAAGUGUGCCCAGGAGAAGAUACGGCUGAAGCAGCUGGAGGAGGUGGAGCGGCCCUGCGGGGUGCAGGAGCUGGAGCGGCAGCUGGCUUCCCGGGGCUCCCGGAGAGCCUUAGUGAAGCAAGGCCUCCUUCCUCUGCGGAGCAGCGGGGCCUCGUCUGCGUCCACCCGCCUGAGCAGCCCACGCAGGAGCAACAUGGGCAUCAUCCUGAGGAAACGGGCCAAUCGCGCCUCACUGCCCAGCAUCCCCGUGAGCAGGCGGGAGCCCAGCUUUGCCCGUCAUGCUUCAGCUAACUCAUUACCUGCCGUGUUCACAUUGGGCUCUCCUGAAUGGGAGGAAGAGGAGGAGGAAAUGGAUCUGAGAGCCUUCAGGGAGUUGAGGCCCUUCUCAAACCCAGAGCUGGGGUUGACAGAUGCCCUCCAGUACCUCAGCAGCAAUGACUGGCAGAUGAAGGAGAAGGGCCUGCUGAGCAUCCAGCGCCUGGCCGCUUGUCAUCCGGAGGUCCUGGCCGGGAGGCUGCAUGGCGUGUCCUUGGCGGUGACUGCGGAGGUCACCAACCUCCGCUCCAAGGUGUCUCGUCUUGCCAUCAGCGCCCUGGGAGACCUCUUCUGGGCCUUGAAGAGGAACAUGGACCAGGAAGUCGAGGAGAUCACCCGCUGCCUUCUGCAGAAGAUGGGGAACACAAGCGAGUUCAUCCAACGGGCAGCCAACUGGGCCCUGGGAGCCAUGGUGGAAAAUGUGACCCCCGCCCGUGCUCUGACGGCCCUCACCUCGGCGGGCGUCUACCAUCGAAACCCCUUGGUCCGGAAAUGCACCGCCAAACAUCUCUGGGCUGUGCUGGAGCAGAUCGGCGCCGAGAAGCUUCUCUCGGGCACCAGGGACAACAUAGACAUGCUGGUGCACGACCUCGUGAGGCUGGCCCAGGACUCCAACCAGGACACCAGGUUUUAUGGCCGGAAGAUGGUGCAUAUCUUGAUGGCCAAUGCGAAGUUUGACGCAUUUCUGAAGCAGUCCCUCCCAUCUCACGAUCUGCGGAAAGUCAUGGCGGCCAUCAAACAGCGCGGAACACAAGAGCGUCUUGAACUUCCAUCUGCCAAAGGCCACAAGGUGGCGAGGAGUUUGGAGGCAUGUGAGAACGGGCUUCCUGUUGACGAGGGGCUCGGCUCUAAGGGCCCGCGGCUGCUGGGGCUGCGCCCCUCUGUGCAUGGUGGCGGCAUGGAGAUGGCGGAGCAGCUGCGGGAGAUGAUGCGGCUUCUGGAGGCCAAGGAGUACCAGUCUCGGAUGGCAGGGGUGGGGCGGCUCCUUGAGCACUGCAAAGCCAAGCCAGAGCUCAUUGCUGCCAACCUCGUUGAGGUCUUUGAUGCGUUCACCCCGAGGCUUCAGGAUUCCAACAAGAAAGUGAAUCAGUGGGCGCUGGAGUCCCUCGCACAGAUGCUCCCCCUCCUCCGAGACAGUAUGCACCCCACGCUGCUGUCCGUGGUCACUGCUGUCGCAGACAGCCUCAACUCCAAGAAUGCACGGAUUUCCACCGCUGCCACCACCGUGCUGGACGCAAUGAUGGAGAGUCUGGACCACCUGUGCCUCCUGCAAGCAUUUGCCGGACGGGUGCGUUUCCUGAGCGGCCACGCAGCGCUGAACGUCACGGAGCGACUGUCAGCAUUGGUGGCCUCAGUUUACCCUCAAAAGCCUCAAGCUGUGGAGCGGCAUGUCCUUCCGGUCCUGUGGUACUUCCUAAACACCAUGAUGGCGAAUGGCGCCCUGCCUGGGCGUGGUGGGAAUGUCCGCAUGGUGGUGUGCCGACUGGCCAAGAGCCUCCAGGAGCAAAUGGGCCCCCGCCUCCUGGACUUUGCCUCCAGCCAGCCCAAAGAAGCCCUCAAGGUGCUCCACGAACUCGUGGGCCUCGAGUCCUUGGGAAGCAACCACGAGGCCACAGGUAGAGGGAUGCCUGACAGCAAGAUGACUGGCAGCUCGGGCCCCUUUCAGCUGGAUUAA